AUGACCGACACCCUCGCCGUCACCGCGCCCGCCGAUUUCCACGUCCACCUUCGCCAGGGUACCUUUGCCGAGCUCGUCACGACGCAUGUCAGAGAGGGGGGCUUCGGCCUCGCGUACGUGAUGCCGAAUCUGGUGCCGCCAAUUAAGACCACCGAGGAGGCACUACUGUACAAGGCGCAGCUGCAGACGAUCGAUCCCGCCGUGGAGUACAUGAUGACCCUCUAUCUCUCACCGGAACUGACGCCCCUGGAGAUUCGGAAGGCCAAGGCGGCUGGUGUUUAUGGUGUAAAAUCGUAUCCACGCGGCGUGACGACCAACUCCGAGGGCGGCAUCGAGUCCUACGAGGCGUACUACCCCAUCUUCGAAGCGAUGCAAGACGUCGAUAUGGUGCUCAACCUGCACGGCGAGGUCCCAUCCUCGUCCUCCCCCUCUUCAAACACGUGCGUGCUCAACGCGGAGCCACGGUUCCUCCCGCACCUGCGCGCGCUGCACGCGGCGUUCCCGCGCCUGCGCAUCGUGCUCGAGCACGCGACGACGCGCGCCGCGGUCGAGUGCGUGCGUGCGCUCGGUGACACCGUCGCGUGUACGAUCACCGCACACCACCUCGCGCUCACCGUCGACGACUGGGCCGGCCAAAGUUGGGGCUUCUGCAAGCCUGUCGCCAAGUACCCGGACGACCGCGAGGCGCUGCGCGAGGUCAUCCGCGAAGGUCAUCCGCGCUUCUUCCUCGGCUCGGACUCGGCGCCGCACCCGCCGCACAAAAAGUCGACUGCGACGCCAAGCUCGCCGUGCGCCGCGGGCAUCUACACAUCGCCCGUCCUGCUUCCUCUCGUGGCGCACCUACUCGAGUCAUUUGGCGCGCUAGACCAGCUCGAGGGCUUCGUGAGCACGCAUGGCCGCGCGUUCUAUCGAAGGCCGGCGCGCGAGGGCGAGAGUGUCGUCCUGAGGCGCUCGAAGACGAAGGUGCCGGAGGUGUGGGCGCAGGGAGAGGACAGCGUCGUGCCGUUCUGGGCUGGGAAAGAACUGGACUGGGAGAUUGUAAAGGAAUGA